UAUCAGCCAUUGUCGGGCUAUCUGGCCAACCGUUUAUACUCGACAGGCAUUUGGCUACCGAUAAACACGAAGUAUGGCUCUUGGGGCAAAGUUGGAGAUGGCGCUCGGGUCUCUUAAAAGGCGAUUGACUCCUCUGGGGAGAGACCCUGAUCGUCACAUUCUCAGCCAGCGUAUACAACCGCCAUCAUGAAGAAAGAUGAGGAUAACCAGGUCUUUCACGACACAACUAAUGAAGAUGUCCGUUUGGAGGGUCUUGGGUACGAGCAGGAGCUCAAGCGAUCCUUUGGGUUGCUGGGCAUGAUUGGUUUUAGUUUCAGCAUAGUCACCUCAUGGACAGCGUUGAGCGGUGUAUUCAUCGUGGGUGUCACAUCGGGAGGACCUCCAGUCAUGGUGUUUAGUUUCAUCGCCGUCAGUCUUCUCACUCUGGCGGUUGCUAUUCCCAUGGCAGAGAUGUGCUCCAUGUACCCCGUCGCUGGUGGCCAGUAUUCUUGGGUUGCUGCCCUAGCUCCUCCAAAAAUUGCACGAGGGCUUUCAUAUAUUAGUGGCUGGUUUAUGCUUAUCGGCAUUCUCGCUAUGGGAGCAACGAAUAACUCCAUCGGUGCCAACUUCGUCCUCGGUAUGGCCAAUCUGGUCUUCCCUGAAUACACAAUCGAGCGCUGGCAGACAGUGCUAGUAGCCUACCUCAUCGCGUUCAUGUCGACCGGUAUCAAUAUCUGGGGAUCUCAUCUUCUCAAUCGUCUCUCUCGUUUCAUUCUGAUUUGGAACGUUGGCUCGUUCUUGGUCACCAUGAUCACAAUCCUUGCUACCAACGAUAACAUGCAAUCUCCCUCUUUCGUUUUUCAGGAAUUCCAAAACUUCACCGGCUGGGGUUCCUCCAUGGCUGCCAUUGUGGGAAUUCUGCAGGCAUGCUUCGGUAUGUGCUGUUACGAUGCGCCAUCCCACAUGACCGAAGAAAUGAAAUCGGCCUCCAAGGAAGCACCCAAAGCGAUCAUCCUCUCCGUCGUGCUGGGUGCCGUGACCGGUUUCGCCUUCCUCCUGACCCUCUGCUUCUGCAUUGGCGACAUCGAAGAAACUGCCGCCACGACCACUGGUGUGCCUGUAAUCCAGAUCUUCUAUGAUUCCACCGGCAGCAAAGCCGGUACAUGCAUUCUAUCGAGCAUGAUUGCCGUCAUCGUCAUCGUCGCUGGAAACAACCUUCUGGCUGAAGGAUCUCGUUCGGUAUAUGCGUUUGCUCGGGACCAGGGUCUCCCAUUUUCCAAGGUGUUCUCCAAGGUGGAAAGCAAGCGCCAGGUGCCUGUCAACGCAGUCCUUCUCACCCUUGUUGUACAACUCGCGUUGGACGCCAUUGACUUUGGCACCACAACUGGGUUUGAAACAGUCAUUGCCAUCGCUACGGAAGGCUUCUACGUUUCAUAUGCCAUCGCUCUUUUCAGUCGUCUCAUGGGAUACAUGACAGGUCACAAGACACACCUUAACGGCCCCUUCUCCCUACCCCUGCCGGUCUCUAUCGCUCUUAAUUUGCUUGGACUCCUCUUCCUUCUCUUUGCUGCCAUAACCUUUAACUUCCCUACAACUUAUCCGGUCGGCAAAGACUCGAUGAACUAUACAUCAGCUGCCAUCGGUGUCAUUGGACUUAUCAGCGCCGUGACCUGGGUGACAACCGGUCGAAAACACUUCACCGGGCCGGGUGGUAUGAGCGUGCUAAGAGGUGAGAAGGCCGAGGGAGAGUCAGGAGGUGUGGUUGAGGGGACUGUCGAUUCGAAAAAGGAAUAAUUACCCAUCCAUUGAUAUAAAUCAACUAUAUUAUCUUAUAGUCUAUAGCCUAUAGCUUUAUGAAUUUAGCGACAGAAAUAUGUAUUAAUAUAAGGUAAAUGUGAAUUCAAUGAGCUC